AAGACACGGAAAUGACGCAAACAAAACAGGAAGUAGAAGUCGACUCCAUUUCACUCCUGGCGUUGGUCUCUUGUUCUUUCGUCUUCUGUCAUUACCAGAUUAAUUUGUUGGUUUCUACUUCUUUUAGGCUUAAAAUACAAAUUAUAUUUCAAGAUGGGAGGCGGAGAUCUGAAUUUAAAGAAGAGCUGGCAUCCCCAGACUAUGAAAAACAUUGAGCGUGUUUGGAAAGCUGAGCAGAAAUAUGAAGCUGAACGCAAGAAGAUUGAGGAACUCCAGAAGGAGCUGAAGAACGAACGAGCUCGAGAAGAAAUGACCAGAUAUGCAGAAGAAACUGGUGCCAUCAAAAAGAAAGAUGAUCGACUGGACUGGAUGUACCAAGGCCCCGCUGGUCAGGUGUCCAGAGACGAGUAUCUGCUGGGGCGCCCCAUUGACAAGCAGAUCACCGAUCAGUAUGAAGAGCCAGAGAGUGGUCCUUCAGCAGAGACUGGUCUCCUACCUGGCUCCAUUUUCAACCCUACCACCCCUGCUUCAGACCUUGAUAUGGCUGCUAAGAUUAGGGAAGACCCACUGUUCAAUAUCUGGAAACGAGAGGAGGAAAAGAAGAGAGAAAUCUUAACCAACCCAGUCAAGAUGAAGAAGAUCAAAGAAAUGCUGCGGCAAAAUCUAGAAAAGAAAGAUAAGAAAAAGAAGAAGAAGAAGGAGAAGAAAGGAGACAAAGACAGAAGAAAGGAGAAGAAGCACAAGAGGAGGAGUUCAAGUUCUAGCUCAGAUGAAGAUGACAACCAUGGGUCGCACUCUCGAGACAAAUCAGCCGACACAAAGUCUCGUACCCAUCAUCCUCAAAGGUACGGCCUACAGCCUUCUGGCAGCAGACAUCACUCGGCUUCAGCAACGUCCGGUCACCCAGGGCGACGAGAGAGGAGCCGCUCACGAUCUCCCCACAGAGACCACAGGGGCGGUCACUCCUCAUCCUCCUCUUAUAGAACUGAGAAGAAGGCGGAGCCUCAAGCGUCAAGCCCACGGCGGUACCAGAAGCAAAGGAACCAUGUGUCAAAGAAGCUUUCCACAGAAGAGAUGGAGAAAAAAAGGCGUGAGAUGAUGAACCAGGCCAAGCAGAGGGAGGAGGACCGGGAGAAUAAUGUCAGGAGGUACAAAAAGCAAGACGAGCAGGAAAAGCAACGGGAACAAAACGCCAAACUCGACCGACAUGCUGGUUUUAUUCAUGACAUGAAGCUAGAAAGUGCUGCAAGCUCCUCUUUGGAGGACCGAGUGAAAAGGAACAUUCACUCCAUUCAGAGGACCCCAGCCUCCCUGGACAACUUCAUGAAGAGAAAUUAGCUUAUUUACUGAUUAAAAAUGUUAGCAAAGUCUUCGCCAAGCACCCCUUUAAGGUUUUUUUUUUUUAAUAUAACAACUCAGAUAAAUCAAUAAUGUGGCUGGAGUCCAUCAAAUAAAGACCACAUGGCUCCAUCCUGUAGCUUUUAUUAUGAAAAGCAGAAUUUACAGUUUGGGUACAAUGUUUCUUUCAAAGUAAAAUUCAGUUGUUAAUCUGUUCUUGCCUCUUAGAGUGUAAAUAAUCAUACUACUGUUGUACAAUAUGCUGUUUUUCAUUUAACAGACUUAUAAGAGCUGUUUUUAACGCUGAUGUCUUUGUAAUAUAAGGUUGUUAUUUUGUGUAAAACUUAAGUAGAAAAACUAUAAAUUCAAACCUUUUGGAGCAA